AUGUCAUCUACUCAAGGAUCAUCAUCAACAGCAGCCGAUAGCGCAGCAAAUGAUAAUAAAUCAAAUCAAUGCAAUUCAAACAAUGCUGAAUAUGCUGGACAUCAAUCGGGUUAUACUGGUACUGGUGAUCAAGCUGAUUUAGGCAAUCAUGCCAAUCAAUUAAAUCCAAAUAAUACGAAUUAUCAAGGAAGUGGAUCAAAAUAA